GUUGUGUUUUUGAUUGAUUUUAAUUCAGAUUGCAAUAUGCGAAGCGCAUAUCUCCUCCUGGUACCAGCACUCCUGCUCCUUCUGGCCCUUCCUGCCUCAAAAGGACGCUACAAUGACGACUUUGAUGACGGGGAGGACCUGGCAGAAUUUGAUGACAAUGACUUUGCUGAGUUUGAGGACGUGAACGAGGAUUUAACAGCUGAAGCAGAGACAGCCCCUCCACCACGUGUCUCAUCACCCUCCUCGCAGCCUGAAGAGGAUGAAGACGAAGCUACUGUGGAACUAGAGGAUGGUCAGGAUGGCUUCGAAGACUCUGAGACUCAAGAUCAAGACAUAUACAGCAAAUAUGACCAGGAGGAGUUUGAGGGAAUUGGAGACAUGGAGAAGACAGGCCACUCCAUGAAGGACCCUCUCAUAAUCCACACGGUCCCUGCACACCUUCAAAACAGCUGGGAAAGUUACUACAUGGAGAUCCUGAUGGUGACUGGCUUACUGUCUUACAUUAUGAACUACAUCAUUGGAAAGAACAAGAACAGCCGGCUCGCUCAGGCCUGGUUUAACUCCCAUAGAGAACUUCUAGAGAGUAACUUUGCACUAGUGGGUGAUGAUGGCACCAGUAAAGAACCUGUGAGCACUGGAAAGCUGAACCAGGAGAACGAACACAUCUAUAAUCUGUGGUGCUCUGGGCGCGUGUGCUGUGAAGGCAUGCUGAUUCAACUCAAGUUCUUGAAGAGGCAGGAUCUCCUGAACACCGUGACCAGGAUGAUGAGGCCUGCCUGUGACCAAGUGCAAAUCAAAGUGACUCUUAAUGAUGAAGACAUGGACACUUUUGUCUUUGCUGUGGGUUCCAAGAAGGCCAUGGCUCGGCUGCAGAAGGAGAUGCAGGACUUGAGUGAGUUCUGCAGCGACAAGCCGAAGUCUGGAGCAAAAUAUGGGCUUCCAGACUCCAUGGCAAUACUGAGUGAGAUGGGUGAAGUCACGGAUGGUGUGAUGGAUAACAAGAUGGUGCACUACAUCACCAAUCAUGCUGACAAGAUCGAGUCGAUCCAUUUCUCGGAUCAGUUUUCUGGUCCAAAAGUUAUGCAAGAGGAGGGUCAGCCAUUAAAGCUGCCUGAGACCAAGAAGACACUACUGUUUACAUUUAAUGUGCCUGGCUAUGGCAAUACAUCUCCCAAAGACAUGGACUCUCUUCUCCCCCUCAUGAACAUGGUGAUCUACAGCAUUGAUAAAGUCAAGAAGCUCCGUCUGAACAGAGAGGGAAAGCAAAAAGCUGACAGAAACCGUGCACGUGUGGAGGAGAACUUCUUGAAGCAGACCCACGCUCAGCGUCAGGAAGCAGCCCAGACACGCAGAGAGGAGAAGAAGAGAGCUGAGAAGGAGAGGAUCAUGAAUGAAGAGGAUCCUGAGAGACAACGCCGUCUGGAGGAAGCGGCACAGCGGCGUGAGCAGAAGAAGAUUGAGAAGAAGCAAAUGAAGAUGAAGCAGAUCAAAGUGAAAGCCAUGUGAAAGACAAACAAGAGAAAAGCUUUCUAGCACAUGGAAAAUCAGUGCUUUGCUCAGUUUUCUUCUUCUUCAUUCAUUUAAACUCUACAAUUUCAGCUCCAUGGAUACUAGACUUCUCCUGACAGACAUAUUGUCUCUCUGGUUGUGUCAGGCUUUGCUGUUUUUAUCACGUAAAGACUGCAUUAUUAUCAACAAUGUGGACAAAACCUAAAAGCUGGGUUAACUCAUUCAAAUGAGUCUUUAUUCAUUAUCAAAUCAGGUUUUGAUUUUUUUUGUUUUUCUUGUUUGAAAUGCAUAAAGCCUGAUUGUUUUUAGACAUAAGUCACUGGAAAGGAGGACACUAUAUGGUGAAAAUAUUCAUGUAUUGUUUUUAAAGGACUGAAAGCAUUGUUGGGAAUUCAUUUGUAAUAUAUUAGCAUCAUUGUCUCUAAAUGCUAAUGUCAAGGAAAUGUUUAAUAUAUUGAUGAAAUAGGUUUCCGUCUCGCUGUUUCUAAUGAUUAUCUGAGCAAACAAUAAAUGCACUGAAUUCUUUAAAAG